CUCUAUUUCAGGACUACCUCAACAACUCUGUCUACACCAUACAGGUACACAGGAUAUUUUAGCGGUCUUUUCUUACAUUGCCCUUGGUGCAUUCAAACAACACCAAACACUACACUAUCGAAUCCAGCUCUUACAGUCGAUGAACUAGGAAUUUAAUCAAAUGUGAGUUGUGUAUACAAAACGACCAAUUGUUCCUUUAUUCAUGACAAAUAAUAAAAGUACUCUUAUAAAAAGCCAUAGAGAGUUCUUUAAAAAUGAUGCUGUUGUUUCUUGCCAAUUGCUUUUUACAAUUACUAGGCGUCGUUUUCUUCCUUUUAGGAUUUUUCCCUCAUAAAAAUGAUUCCACUGGAGCGGCCGAGAAAAACCCAUAUGCACCUCCUGCUGUAAUUGAUAGAGUCGUUUUCAUUGUCAUCGAUGCGUUUCGCUCCGAUUUCCCCUUUUCUGAUUCCUUCCAUAUGCCAUUUCUUCAAUCCAUUGUCUUCAAUACCACUCAUGGCCUUGGUUUCUCUUCGUACGCUAGAUCCCCAACCGUUACGAUGCCUAGAUUGAAAGCUCUUACAACGGGAACAAUUCCUGGGUUUUUGGAUGUCUUACUUAACAUAGCAGAGUCGGAAUCUACCUCAAGCUUGACUGGACAAGAUAGCUGGCUUCACCAACUAAACGUUCAUGGAAAAAGUAUUGCAUUUUAUGGAGAUGAUACAUGGCUUAAGCUUUUUCCAAAUGCCUUUACUGCCUAUGAAGGAACUACUAGCUUUUAUGUAGCUGACUAUACAGAGGUAGAUAAUAAUGUCACUAGGCAUUUUGAACAUUUGCUUCCUUCUUCAUUGGACCAACUUCCCUGGGAUACUUUGAUUCUUCACUAUCUUGGUGUAGAUCAUAUUGGUCAUUUUCAAGGACCUUCCAGUCCUUUGAUGAAUAUAAAGCUAAAAGAGAUGGAUCAAAUCGUUGCUUCCCUUUACCGUUACUUGGAGAAAUAUGAUCAGAUUACCAAUAGUCACUCUAUGAUCUUCUUGGUCGGUGAUCAUGGUAUGAAUGAAAUAGGCAAUCAUGGAGGCUCUUCAGUAGGCGAAACCACUGCAGCCCUUUCUAUGCUAUUUCCUUCCCUCGAUGUCUUUCAAAGGGACUCACUUCACGAACCACCUCCAGAAAAUCCCUAUCAACUUAUGAGUAUGGUUGAACAGGUCGACAUUGUUCCUACAUUAUGUCUCCUUUCAGGAAUUCCAAUACCAAAAGGAAGUGUUGGCCGUAUUUUUUCACCUGCUAUUCAGCUUUGGGAGUCAAAGGCGGAAGCCAAGAAUGCUUUAUUGAGUAACUUAUAUCAAUUGCUAUCACUAAAGCAUUCUCCAGAAAUCACUUCCAAUGUUAUAGGGAAUUUCGAAAGUGCAAGCAACAAUGAAAUAUUGGAAGUUUUGCAACAACUUCAGCAAGAACUCGUUGUAAAGUCGUCCGAUUACUCGUUGACGAAAAUGGCUUUAGGGAUUACCAUACUGGGUUUAUGCACCAUUCUUAAUCUGUAUUUUACCCUUGCGCAGUUUUCCUUUGUUGAUAUUCUGUGCUUAAUUCCCUUCGUCAUUCUGAUAGUUGUGUAUAUGUUCUCAAGUAGCUUUAUUGAAGAAGAACAGGUGCUUUGGUAUUUCUCUUGUCUUUCGUUAAUUUUGUUCCAAGUUCUCAAGCAAACUUCUCUUUUCACUACGGGUUAUCAACUUCUUCUGCUCGGCAUUAUCAUUAGGUGGAAUCAAACCGGCCAAAAGCAUGCAGACGUUCAUGAUUUGGUGGACGAUUAUAUAGCUCCAAGUUCUUUUCUCAAGUUUAUGCUCUGUAUUUGCUCUAGCUUUAUGCCCUCUUUUCGCUCACCUUCUCCGCUGUCGUUUCUUUCUUCUUUUUUGAUUGCAUCGUACAAACUUUUCUCUGCUGAUUCUAUUCAUAUCCCUCUGCUCUCUUCGGUAAAAUCUAUUAAUUAUGUAUCAUUUGCACAAUUGAUUUGGUGUACACUAAUUGCUGGUGCAUUAGCUACUCCAAAUUUCAAGAAUAUUUGUUGCCAGCUGUCAUUAUUUCUCUUGUUAUUGACAAGAUUAGAAAAUAUGGGCCUUUAUGUGUUAUAUGAUUUACUACAAAGGACAUUACCGAAGGAAGGUAUCUAUUCAUAUAUAUUAUUUUCUAUAAUGGAGCCGUUGGCAUUUUUCUCUUUGGGCAAUUCAAACUCUUUGGCUUCAAUCGAUUUGUCGCAAGCCUAUACGGGGAUUAAAUCUUACAGUCUUUAUUCAGUAGGGUUUCUAUUGUUUUGCUCUGUCUUUUCAGGACCAUUCUGGUGGAGCAUUCAUCAGCCUAAGAUGUCUAUGCGAAAAUGGCUAAGCCCAGCUUUUUUCUUUUCAAGUUUCGCUUUGUUUAUUUUGACUCUUUCUUGCUACUUCUUUAGACAUCACUUAUUUAUAUGGAGUGUAUUUUCUCCGAAACUCUUAUAUCAAGCCACUUGGACAAUUCUAUACGGGUUUACAAAAUUUUUAUUACAGAGUCUACUAACAUCACUAAAAUAAUAAAUGGGUUUUGAGCAUGAGAAAAGCUUUCUGUGUGAAUCAACUACCGUUAUUGAAGUCAGAUCUAAUGAUACUCUUUAUGCUUCAUUCGUUAUGUAAAUAGGAAAAAACUAAUAAUUAAACAGA